AUGAGUAUAGAGCUAUUCCGAGUGCUGCAAAGCUAUAAUCAAGGAACAUGGCAAACUCAGCACCAUUUGCAGACCUCUGCCACCAAGCGCACACUGCUUCGGUCCAUGGACGCCAGCCUCGUGGCGAAUGAGAUAUCACUCCCUGGUAGCUAUCAUGACUCAUCGUCGCUUUCUAGACCCGAAGUGGAGCCUACAAUGCGCUUAGCAGAUGUGCUAAAUGGCCCCGAGCAGUUUAAUUUUCACCAGUCUUUUGGGGUCAUGACAGGACGCAGACUACAGCGUCGAUAUCAAGGCGUGUAUCAACGGUACUCCUUCAUGACGCAACUAGUAACGUGGCUCGUUAUCAUAACCAUUGUGGUCUUCGUCAUACUUGCUGCAAACGAAUCAGCGUCCAAUAGCAAUCUAAUGUCCCAAUCUAUUAAUUUUUGGUACUUUGCGGUGAUCGUUGUGGUCUUGUACAUCCUCGUGCAAUUGACAUUAAUUGUGCGAUGGAUCAUAUAUUGGAUUAUCCUGGCUGAGUCGCUGACAUAUGCAAUCACAGGCAAUCUUUUUGUGAUGUAUUGGAUCGAUAAUCAUGAAGUCACUGACUCCGACAAACAAGUGCGUUUUGUCAUGAUUAUUAUCCUCUCCUCUGUCGAAGUGAUUACAGUGAUGGCUUAUUGGCUCACGCAUUAUGUGUACCCGUGGCUGGUUUUGCGUCAAAAGUUUGAUCUUGUAAAUUGGUGGAAUAUUAAAGCAGGAGAUGAGACAAAUACGCUGACGUACCUGUCGAAAGCUCGGUUUUACACUAGAAAACGUAGUGUUAUUAAGUAUUGUGGCGGACUGAACGCGCUUGGUCAGCCACAUGGCUACGGAAUGUGGACAGACACGUCAUACCAUGGCGAAAGAUUGACGGGUCAGUGGGAAAAUGGCAAUCCAAUUGGCCCCUUUCGUAGUUUUGAGCAUGGAAGUGGAUACUCUUUUGUAAACAUUCGUGUUGGGUUUUGUCACAAUAGGGCGGAAAAGUCCUCGUCAAAGGUUUAUUUCUUUCCGAAACAUUCGGAAAAUGGGCUUAAUUGGGGUGUUGCAAGCGUAGAAUGUUCCGUGUCCGGUGGAUUUUUUAAAUACCUGCCUGCAGUGACACACUUGACUCCUUCGGACGAAAACAAGGCACCUAAAAAUGCGGCCGAAUGUCUUUCGGUACUAAGGACUCCAACAGAUGGUGUCGUGUUUAACCAUAAGGAUGAUAAAGCAAUGGAUCUGAACCAACAUUGCGAUGAACGCGCUACGAGACGGCAUCUUUUUCGGGAAAAGUCGUCCCCUGUUCUUCAUCUUAGCAACAAUGACGAACGCAAAGAGGCUCUGAUCUUGUUGCACGGCUACAGCUGUGCUCUGGACUAUGGUAUUCAGCGUCUGGCACAGCUACUUGCGCUCGGAGAUUUCCCCUCUUACAUUCACCCAUUUGUGUUUAGCUGGCCUAGCGGUGGUGUGCUCGCAUUUUUUCAAGCCAAGGAAGUUGGCAGUGAAGGAGAACGUACAGCUCACGAUUUUAUUCUCUUUUUACAAAGCUUGAUCGAUGCGGGAUACACUAAGCUAAACAUUAUUGCGCACUCAAUGGGAGCGCGAGUAUUCUUUAGCUCAUUAAACAAGGGACUCUUUGACAGAGUAUUUUUGCCCGCAGAGAGCGAUGUCAAUGCAGAUGUUACCCCAAAGAGAAUGAGGCUUUCCACUUUGACUUUGUGUAACCCAGAUUACGAUCGCAAUGAGUUCGUGAAGUAUGGAGGAAGUUAUGAUCGUGCACGGUAUUUCUGCAAUCACUUCACGCUAUACGCAGACAGUUUGGAUGGUGCACUCUUCUACUCUGAAUUUUUGUUGAAAAAGUCUAUUACAGGUCCACUCAACUAUUCGCUUGGGAGGCGUGGACACAUGAUUCAUCGAGAUUUAGAAGAUGAUAAGCCGACCGAGCGGUCUGAUUCGCUAUUUCCUGACUUGCAGCACAAAGACUUAUCUCCACCUCAAGAUUUGGAUUUAGCUUUUGCAGCUGUGAAUCGGCGAGCAAAUUAUCCUGGUUUGACUCUGUUUGCAUACAACCGCAGCAGGACGCAGCUUAUUGAUAAUGGAUCAGCACCGUAUGGCAUGACUAGGAGCACUACCUUUAAAGAAGAUACCCCGGCACAUUAUCUUGACAUGGAUGUGAUCGACACGACCUGGAUGGAUAACAAUGUGCAUGCAAUCCGACACAAUUACUUUAAUCUCAACCCGACUAUUGUCGACGACCUUCGACACUUGAUCGUAUUGAAAAAGCGAGCUGGAUCUCGCCCUGGUUUAUUGAAAACUACAUCUGCUGAGAACGUCUACAUUUUCCUUGUUGCACCCUCGCAUGUUAAAAACAAGUAA